GUCCUGGUUGCCCCGGCGACGGGACGCGCAUCGGGGGAAGGAGCAGCAUGGCCAAGAACAAGAACGCAAACCACAAAGGGCCGUACGGUUGCCAAAAGCUGAAAGAACGGGAACCCCGGGCUUCCAUCCGAUUCAAGUGUGCCCUCACCAACACCAUCUUAGAUGUCCUUCAGCAGCGACCUGGAUGGGUGGAAGUCAAAGACGAGGGCGAGUGGGAUUUUUACUGGUGUGACGUCCGCUGGCUGCAGGAGAACUUCGACCACACCUACAUGGACGAGCACGUCCGCAUCAGCCACUUCCGCAACCAUUACGAGCUGACUCGGAAAAACUACACCGUGAAAAACCUGAAGCGCCUCCGGAAACAGCUGGAGAGGGAGUCCGGGAAGCUGGAGGCCACCAAAUGUGACUUCUUUCCCAAGACGUUCGAGAUGCCCUCCGAGUAUCACCUGUUUGUGGAAGAGUUUCGGAAGAACCCCGGCAUCACCUGGAUCAUGAAACCGGUUGCCCGGUCUCAAGGGAGGGGCAUUUUCCUCUUCCGGAAACUCAAGGAUGUGAUUGACUGGAGGAAGGAUGCCGUGCGCCCCGAUGAUCAGAAAGAUGACAUCCCAGUGGAGAAUUACGUGGCUCAGCGUUAUAUUGAGAACCCGUACUUAAUAGGUGGUCGGAAAUUCGACUUACGGGUCUACGUUUUGGUAACGUCGUAUCUCCCUCUCAAAGCGUGGUUGUACCGAGACGGUUUUGCUCGCUUCUCCAACACGCGGUUCACCCUGAACACCCUGGACGAUCAGUAUAUUCAUCUGACCAACGUCGCUGUGCAGAAGACAGCCCCUGACUACGAUCCCGAAAAAGGCUGCAAGUGGAUGAUCCAGCAAUUCCGCCUUUACCUGACGGCCAAGCACGGGGCCGAAGCUGUGGAGAUGCUCUUCUCCGAGAUGGACAACAUUUUCAUCAAGAGCCUUCAAAGCGUCCAGAAGGUCAUCAUCAGCGACAAGCACUGCUUUGAGCUCUACGGUUACGACAUCCUGAUCGACCAGAACCUCAAGCCGUGGCUGCUAGAGGUCAAUGCCUCGCCUUCUCUGACCGCUAGCAGCCAGGAAGACCACGACCUCAAGACACGCCUCUUGGAAGACACACUGAACAUCGUGGACAUGGAAGCCCGUUUGACAGGGAAGGAAAAGCGCGUCGGAGGCUUUGAUCUCAUGUGGAACGAUGGGCCGGUUAGCAGGGAAGACGCCAAUCUGGAUACGCCAAUGAACGGCUUUGUGGCAAACACACACCUAGGUUACAGCAACGACAGAAAGAAACAGCUGAAGCAACUUUUCAAGUCAUGUCAGGCGCAGCUGAAAAAUUAAGGCUCAGCCCGAAAGUGGCUAGAUUUAAAAAAAGAAAAAAAGGACCUGAAGUUAGAGAUGGGAUGGGAGGAUGGGGGAGCUCCCUGCUUUAUAGAGCUAAACCAGGAACCGAUUCCAGGGUUUUCCUGCCUUCACCCAUGUCAGCUGGAUGUCCCUUUUGCUUUGGAAGGGGAUCCCGUCUUUCGAGCUUGAAGGAGUUUUGACAGGCAGGCUGGUCACGAGCGCCAAAUGGACAAACAGCAAGAUGUCUCCGCUGUGGAGAUGCCUUCCAGAGGCAGGCUGGCUGCAAUACGUGGGGGGAAAUGUGUAAAAUGUUUUGAGCUAUUGAGUAGGCAGAGUUGUCACCCUGUUGUUGCACCAACGCCGGGCAGAAAGAGGCAUCUUAGCCAGAGCCACUUCUGCCACCCUGGUUCCGAUUCAAAUCUUCUGGAAUGAGCGUGAAUCAUAAAAGAAUGCCUUUGUACUCCAAAA